UUUACGAAGAAGCGUUCUUAUCAUGACUGGUCGUGGAAAGGGAGGAAAGGGUUUGGGAAAGGGAGGAGCGAAGAGGCAUAGGAAGGUUCUUCGUGAUAAUAUUCAAGGUAUCACCAAACCUGCAAUUAGACGAUUGGCAAGACGUGGUGGUGUGAAGAGAAUUUCUGGUUUAAUUUACGAAGAAACUCGAGGAGUACUUAAGGUAUUUCUGGAAAACGUCAUCCGUGAUGCUGUUACAUACACCGAACACGCGAAGAGGAAAACCGUAACUGCUAUGGAUGUGGUUUACGCUCUAAAGCGUCAAGGAAGAACACUCUACGGAUUUGGUGGUUAAAUUUUUUUGCUAUGGCGCAAAACAAAACGGCUCUUUUAAGAGCCACAAAAUGAAAA